CGGUCUCUUCCGGCGGAAGCAAGAAGCAUGGCGGGCGGCGUGGAGCUGGGGUUCGCGGUGUCGGCGGGGGCUGAGGGCGCUUGGCGGCUGCGCAGCGCCUACUUCCCCAGCAAGGUCGGGGGACGGCCGGCGUGGCUGGGCGAGGCCGGGCUGCCGGGCCCCGCCGCCCUGCGCUGCGAGCGCUGCCGGCAGCCCUGCGCCUUCCUGCUGCAGCUGUACGCGCCGCUGCCCGCCCGUCCCGACGCCUUCCACCGCACCCUCUUCGUCUUCGCCUGCCGCGGCGCCUCCUGCUACCGCCUGCCGGGCCCGCGGGGGCCGCUGCGCGCGUUUCGGAGCCAGCUGCCGCGGCAGAACGACACUUACCCUGCGGAGCCGCCCCCCGAGGAGCCGCCGCCGGGCCCUGCCGCGCCCCCGCCCGCCCGGCUCCGUCGCGGCGCCGCGCUCUGCCGAGUCUGUGGCUGCCUGGGGCCCCGCGUCUGCGGCCGCUGCCGCCGCGCCGCCUACUGCGGCCCCGAGCAUCAGGCGCUGGACUGGCGCGGCGGCGGGCACCGGCGGGUCUGCGGGCAGAGCAGCGACGGAGAUGACUCAGCAUAUGCAAUUCCAGAGCAUAACGAAUUCCUCUUUCCAGAAUAUGAAAUCUUGAUAGAAUCCGAGGAACCAGAAUCUCCUGCUGACAGCAGUGUCGAUCCCAAUGAUGAACAAGGAGCUGUAGAUGCAUCAAAGGACCUGAAGGAACACGAACUUGGAGCAUCAAGCAAUGCAGGUGAAGCAUUUCAGUCCUUAGACGAAGAGACAUUGGAAGCAAUGGCAAAACAUGAAACUGAAGAAGACAAGAUCUUCCAAAACUUUAAAGAGCAAGUAGCUGCUGAACCAGAGCAGAUUAUUAGAUACUGCAGAGGAGGAGAAAGCCCAGUCUGGGUAUCGGGUGAAAAUAUUCCUGAAGAAAAAGAUAUCCCAAAUUGUUUAUGUGGUGCCAAAAGGAUUUUUGAGUUCCAGAUAAUGCCGCAGCUCCUGAACCACCUAAAGGUUGACAGCCUUGGAGAGAGCAUUGACUGGGGAACACUGGUGGUAUACACCUGUGCUGACAACUGUGGUGAUGGAAAUGAAUACCUGGAAGAGUUCAUAUGGAAACAAGACUUCUCUGCAGGCUCCAUCUAACUUCCAUCAAGUUACUAAGUUGAAUCAUCGAAAUAGAAUACUUGAUUUGUUUGAGUGCAUCUCUGCACUUGGCAAACAGAUAAUUGAACUGAAGUCACCAGUAUCUGGGUGUCUUGUAACAGUGACAGAACUACAGCCUCUCUCUUGUGCUCCACUUUUUACUUCAACCAGCUGAUGAAGUCAGAGGCAUUUGUUCAGUGAAUUUAACUUUAAAUCUCAAUUCUGAAUGUUUAAAUAAAGAUGAAAUAUUUUUGGA